AAAAUAUAACGCGAUUAUUCAAAUCGAAAUGGCUGCCUACUGAAUAAACUUAACAGAAAAUAGCAAUAUGAAUAUACCUCAUUUGCCACGCGAAAAGGAUUAUCAUGUGUUUGUCUGCCACGUUAACGAAAACGUACACGAAGUGCGUACGAUUGUUACAAAUUUAGAAAAAGGAGGUGUAAAGUGUUGCUAUGAUGAAAGAGAUUUUACUGCAGGACGUUCGAUUUUGGAGAACAUGCUUGAAAAAAUCAAUGAAAGCGUGCAUAUGCUUUUCGUGUUGUCGGAAGAUUUUUCAAAAAGUCGCUUUGCAAAACAUGAAUUAGAAGAGGCAAUACAUCAGCAAAUUAGAGAAGACUUCAGUAUUAUUCCUCUGAAAAUCGAACCGUGUGAUGUACCUCAGAUACUGAAAAACAAAACAUACAUCGACUGCGAAAACGACGAUAUUACUAAAGUUCACCACAAAAUUAUCGAAGCUGUUAUUGAUAAUGGGCUUAAAACACAGAUGAAAGCAGAUGACAGCGGUAAGAUGAUUUCAAUUUCAAUGUCAAUUCAAUCUGGAUGCCUAUCGAUGCCGAAAUAUGAAAUGAGAUGUACCCCAGAUGAAAGGCUUGAAAUUUCUCGGAAGACUAAGCUUACAGAAGAAGAUAUAAACGAACUCGAGAGCAUCGUAAAAGAGUCGUACUUUAUGAAAAACAUUCACAUCUACGACUUUUUUCCACAUAUAACAUGUUUGCUCCUCGUUUUAUAUUUGAUGUUGUCUCUGGCUGUAAUGAUGUUUAUGGUCUACACAAUGCUUGAUACUUCAAGAACGGACAGUGCUUCAGGAGGGUUUGCGAUCUUGCUUGUUAGUGUUAUAAGCCCUGUAGUUGCGACUAUAUUAUCUAUGGGAUGUUGCUGUUGGAAAAAACAAACAAAAAAUGUAAACUUGAUGGUAAAGGCAACCAAGGCAGUUCAACGACAACUGUGGAGUUUUAAUAGAAACUGCCAAGAUAAAGAUGCGAUCGUUGUCUUCCAGUCGACACAUAUCGUUUGGUCAACGGCGACAAUGAAGAUAAUCGUUAUCAACUUGAGGAGAUGCAAGGAUCUUUUUAUCCGAAAGUGUGAACAAAGGGAGGAGUUUCAAAAACGGCGCCGUGAAGGAGAAACGCUUAAUGAUUAUGCCGAUCGAAUGAUAAACUGGCUUUUGUGCUCAAAGGACAUCUAUUUGCUGGAUAAACCUAGACAGCUGCAACGUGGACAUAGUAUGAUAAAUGGCGCACCGUGUAUAUGUCUUUUGUUAAGAGAUAGCUUACUUUAGUGACACUUUUCUCGGUAUUACGCAACUGCGUAAGAAUAAAAGGAAUAAAAUCUGAUUAUCAUCGAACUUAUUAUGGACGUGUUUGUUUUCAUCAACAUAAAAUAACAAUCAAAUUAAAUAAAAUGGGCUUACAUCUAUUAAUGAUGGUUUCAAAUUUAUAUAACAUCCGUCGAUCACAUACACAAACUUGAUUUUUUUUCUUUUUGCGAGUUUUUUUGUUUAGGUGUUACGACUUUACAUUUUCAAUUAACAUUCUUACACAGUGGUAGGUGCUGAUAUUCUCAGGACAUUCGCCCGCUAGAGGUUUGGGUGGUUUCUUUGUAUACAACUGUUUUUUUAUAAUAUCAGCAAAAUAGUAUCAUAAUUACAUGAUAAAUAUAAUACCUCAUCUAAGCAAUACUUUCCAAAGUUUUUUUCCUAUCAAGCUAGAUUCAUUAUAAGUAAAUUACAACUACAAAUCAAUGUACAAUGCUGUUAUUCCUAUGUAUAUAUUGCUACUUAUAUAUUGCUACUUACAAUUUUGCUAUUUCAACGUUUACGAUUUUUAAAUUUAAACUCUUGAAAGAACUUACCGUUUAACAGUGGUAUGUCAACUAGCGGAACCGUGCGGAUUGCCCGUACAGCUGGGAAACUUGAAAACAAGUUGUUCACAUAAGUAUUGUUAAUGUUAUCACUGUUUUCAAUGCUCUAAUCCAAUCUACUAUUUGCAAUUGUAUGCAUGCAUAAGAUAUCAAACGGUUUUUUGUAAAUACUUGUUCCAAUAUUUGAUCAUUUUAACAUAUACGCGUUUAUUUCCAGGUCACUAGCUCAUUUUUAUUGGUUUUAAUAUGCUAUGUACGUGGGUUAUUUAUAUUGGAAUAUAGCUCAUUGAGCUCAUGUUUCUUGUUAACACAUACCCGACUUUAAA